AUGUCAACCUCCAUGAGAUCUUCUAUCUUUGCACGGGAUGUUUCGAGGUUGGACAACAACAGGUCCGUCGCACGAGGGAACCCCAGCGAUCACAAGAUCACCAAGCCAAGUGUCAAGAAUUCUUCCUCCAAGCCCAGGACCAUUGAACUGAAUGAGGUGCUUACUAAGAAUGCGCUUCCCCCAUUGUUAUCUCCAACGCUUCCUCCGUGGACCGCGGAUUUGCACGCUGAUAUCCCAAAGCUGGAUUCACCACCAAAGAGGGUCUUUGCUGAGAGGACUGAGCAUAACGGGAGUCACAUCUACACCUUCAAACAGUAUACCAAUGGCGACCGGUCGCUUAUCGUUUCGCUAUCGGUACCCAAGACGAAACUGUCGAAGCUAAAGGACCUCCAUUCAGUGCCAAAAGUGAGAGGUCUGGGCAUUUCUACUGGAUCCCGAACUGUUUCAGAAUCCCCUCCAUCGUCUUCUCAUUCAAGUUCAGCUUCUCCCCCGGCCCAUUCCGAGGAGCCCAAGAAGAAAGUCACACGAACGGACAGUCCGAAAACGGGCAUUUCCAAAAGUUCGGUGUUCAAGUCUGCGCCAAAUGUUUCGAGUGUCAGCACGAGUGUCAGUUCGAAACAGCUGCAGCUGCCUCCCGUGGUAACGGUCAGCAGAAAGGAUAAGGGAAAGGAGAAAGAAAAGCAGAAGGAGAGGCCAAAGGGGCCAGAUAAGACUGCCACGAAAAUUGGACUGGAAAAGACAGAGCCAGCCAAGAAGGAAGACGACCUCAAAAUCUUAUCAAGAAAGAAGAUUCACUGGUCGAACAUCGCUAGGCGCAAGAAGCACGAGGCAGACGCAUACAGAAAGAGCAACCAGUAUGAUUUGUCAGUGGUCGCAUCCAUAGACUCUCUGGUGAUGUUUGUGGUUUCCUUCAGCUAUGAAGACCAGCACUCUCUGGCAGCACGUCGUUUAUUAGAAGUGAACUCUUGGAAGAGUCUAAUACCGUAUGCUUCGAGCGUCAUCAGCGGACUGGAAGAGAUGAUCAAAACGCCCCAUGAGACCGAUCUGAGUACGCUUCUCGGAUUACUUUUCUUCCUGAGGGGAGUCAUAUAUAAGCACCUUGUGGAUAUUCUGAAGGCUGAGAUUAAGGACAAUAGACAGAGAGGGGCAGGGAUGGAGGAGAUCACGGCGUUCAAUGACAUCAUCAAGUUCAACUCCACUCUAGAGCGCGAUUUCUGGAACGGUGAAAAUAUUCUGAGUUACGAGAAAUUAAGGAGGGACUAUCCCAGGACUAUGGCUAAAAGUCGCAAGAGUUUGCCCAAGAAGGAGAAGAGCGACCUCAGUGUGAAGCCAUUAACGGAUGCCUUCUAUCUGCCAAUAAACCCUGUUGUCACUGAUCUCAAGGACAUCUCCGCCAUUACCUAUAGUGUGCUGGAAGAAUGGUGCGAGCGGGAGAGAGUUAAUGUCAAAUUGGCUGUUCAGAACUCGCCUUGA